CGCCCCCCCCACCCCGGGGUAUCCCCCUUCCCUUCCAGUGACCCGAGGCUGGGGCAUUAUGUUUAUUGCUGAGUGUGGCCCCUGCAGUGAGUCUGGAGUGGGCCCAGCUCCCAGGCCUUCUCCUAAGAGGCAUUCAAGAACACGUCUUUACUGAGCACCUCCUGGGUGCCGGUUCAUUGUUGUGGACACCGGAGAAAAGUGGUGCCCAUGCCACUGCCCUCAGGAGGCUUAUAGAUCAAUGACUAGACAAUAGGCAAUAAACAGAUAAGUAACACAGUAAAGAGGCGAAGAAGCAAACACGAUGAUUAACAAGCCAUGUAGGAAAUAAAAUGAGGUGAUGUGAUAGAUAGAAAUAGUGGGACCUGUUGGGACUAUGCUUUUGCUGCCACCUUAGUCUCUAGGAGAGUCCUCUGGCUCACGUCCCAACAUCUAUUAUGAAAGAUUUCAAACAGGCAGCAAAGUUGAAAAUAAUUUUACAGUGAACACCCAUAUACCCACCACCUAAAUUCUACCAUUAAUGUUUUACUUGCUUUAUCAUAAACCCAUCCAUCAACCCUUCCGUCAAUCCAUCUUAUUUUUUAUGUAUUUCAGAGUAACCUGCAGACAUGAGGACAAUUGGUAGGGGUGCAGGUGUGAACUGGGGCUGGGAAAGGAAGGCCUCUCUGAAGCGACUGCAUUUGAGUUCAGACUUGGAUGAAAAGGAGGAAUCACUACAGUGGGGAAAGAGUGCAAAGACCCCAGGAGCUGUGAUGAACUGAUACUGGAGAAGUAGAAAGAUCAUGGUACCGGCCCAGGCCCUAACUCCCUGCAGAGAGAUGAAGAAACGGAGAUUCAGAGAGGUUCAGACACUUGCCCGAGGUCACACAGCUAGUAAGUGUCAGAGCUGGAAUUUGAACCCAGGGACUAUGGCUUUGAAAUCCACAACCUUAAACCCUAGUCAACCCUGAUUUUUAAAAAUAUUUAGUGGGUACUGGAAGGCCCAGACUGGGCCAGGUGUCACCGCACCCCUCUGGUUGGAAAAUCAUGAGAGGUCUGGGCCUCCUAGAGGAAGGUCAGAGUUGGGAUUAGGACCCUGGGGGUGGGGGGUGGAGGGCGGUGUAAUUUACUAACCAGCAUGGAAAUAUUGUCUGUUAACAACAAAUGCAUGCCAGGUGAUGAUCAGUCCUGCCUCUGUUCAGACUGGAUGUCAGGAAGGCAGGGACCUGAGGCAGACUUCUAGUAGGACAUCGUGGGUGGCCAGGCUGGUGGUCAAGCCCUGUGCCUGGAUAACCCGUCUCGUUCCCUUGCAGGUCUCCCGCCCCACUCCUCCCGCCUUCCCUCUGCACCAUGGCUCCAGGCCCCUUCUCCUCGGCGCUCCCCUCGCCGCCACCUGCCGCCCUGCCCUUUCUGCUGCUGCUCUGGGCCGGGGCAUCCCGUGGGCAGCCCUGCCCCGGCCGCUGCAUCUGCCAGAACGUGGCGCCCACGCUGACCAUGCUGUGCGCCAAGACCGGCUUGCUCUUCGUGCCGCCGGCCAUCGACCGGCGCGUGGUGGAGCUGCGGCUCACUGACAACUUCAUCGCGGCCGUCCGCCGCAGAGACUUUGCCAACAUGACCAGCCUGGUGCACCUCACCCUGUCCCGUAACACCAUCGGCCAGGUGGCCGCCGGCGCCUUCGCUGACCUCCGCGCCCUCCGCGCCCUGCACCUCGACAGCAACCGCCUGGCCGAGGUGCGUGGCGACCAGCUCCGCGGCUUGGGCAACCUUCGCCACCUGAUCCUCGGCAACAACCAGAUCCGCCGGGUCGAGUCAGCUGCCUUCGACGCCUUCCUGUCCACCGUGGAGGACCUGGAUCUGUCCUACAACAAUCUCGAGGCCCUGCCGUGGGAGGCUGUGGGCCAGAUGGUGAACCUGAACACCCUCACGCUGGACCACAAUCUCAUCGACCAUAUCGCUGAAGGUACCUUUGUGCAGCUGCACAAACUGGUUCGCCUGGACAUGACCUCCAACCGCCUCCAUAAACUGCCCCCCGAUGGGCUCUUUCUGAGGUCCCAAGGUUCGGGGCCGAAGCCGCCCACGCCGCUCACGGUCAGCUUCGGCGGCAACCCUCUGCACUGCAACUGCGAGCUGCUGUGGCUGCGGCGGCUGACCCGAGAGGACGACCUGGAGACGUGUGCCACCCCGGAGCACCUCACCGACCGCUACUUCUGGUCCAUUCCCGAGGAGGAGUUCCUGUGUGAACCCCCGCUGAUUACACGGCAGGCGGGGGGCCGGGCCCUGGUGGUGGAGGGCCAGGCGGUCAGCCUGCGGUGCCGCGCUGUGGGUGACCCUGAGCCCGUGGUGCAUUGGGUCGCACCCGAUGGGCGGUUGCUGGGGAACUCGAGCCGGACCCGGGUUCGGGGGGAUGGGACACUGGAUGUAACCAUCACCACCUUAAGGGACAGUGGCACCUUCACGUGCAUCGCCUCCAACGCCGCUGGGGAAGCGACGGCCCCCGUGGAGGUGUGCGUGGUACCCCUGCCUCUGAUGGCGCCCCCGCCGGCCGCCCCGCCGCCCCUCACCGAGCCCGGCUCCUCAGACAUCGCCACGCCCGGCCGACCCGGUGCCAACGAAUCGGCCGCCGAGCGCCGGCUCGUGGCGGCCGAGCUCACCUCGAACUCGGUGCUCAUCCGCUGGCCGGCCCAGAGGCCCGUGCCCGGCAUCCGCAUGUACCAGGUCCAGUACAACAGCUCCGCAGAUGACUCCCUUGUCUACAGGAUGAUCCCAUCCACCAGCCAGACCUUCCUGGUGAAUGAUCUGGCAGCAGGCCGCGCCUACGACCUGUGCGUGCUGGCAGUCUACGACGACGGGGCCACUGCACUGCCGGCCACGCGAGUGGUGGGCUGUGUGCAGUUUACCACUGCCGGGGAUCCCGCGCCCUGCCGUCCACUGAGGGCCCAUUUCUUGGGUGGCACCAUGAUCAUCGCCAUUGGGGGCGUCAUCGUCGCCUCGGUCCUCGUCUUCAUCGUUCUGCUCAUGAUCCGCUAUAAGGUCUACGGCGACGGAGAUGGCCGCCGCGUCAAGGGUACCUCCAGGUCGCCUCCGCGGGUCAGCCAUGUGUGCUCGCAGACCAACGGCGCAGGCGCAUCGCAGGCCCCGCCCCCGCCGGCGCAAGACCGUUACGAGGCGCUGCGCGAGGUGACGUCCCCAGCUGCUGCCGCUUUGGCGGUCGAGGCGAAGGCCGCCGCCGCCGAGAUGGAUUCCACCGAGCCAGAGGCCGUCCUUGGACGCUCCCUGGGCGGCUCAGCCACCUCGCUGUGCCUGCUGCCGUCUGAGGAAAUCUCUGGGGAGGAGUCUCGGGCCAGCCCGGGCCCUCGGAGGAGCCGUUCCGGGGCCCUGGGGCCGCCGGCUUCGGCGCCCCCCACUCUAGCUCUGGUUCCUGGGGGGGCCCCGGCCCGGCCGAGGCCGCAGCAGCGCUAUUCGUUCGACGGGGACUACGGGGCACUCUUCCAGAGCCACAGUUACCCGCGCCGCGCCCGGCGGACAAAGCGCCACCGGUCCACGCCGCACCUGGACGGGGCCGGAGGGGGCGCGGCCGGGGAGGACGGAGACCUGGGGCUGGGCUCCGCCAGGGCACGCCUGGCCUUUACCAGCACCGAGUGGAUGCUGGAGAGUACCGUCUGAGCGGCGGGCGGGCGCCGGGACGCCUGGGUGCCGCGGACAAACGCCCAGCCACCCGGACGCUGGGGCAGGACUCGGGGGAGGAAGCACGGCGCCUAGUGGUCAGACUGGAGGGGGAGACGCGCCCUUCUCCUCCCUGAAGGGGGCGAGGCUGCCUCGUCUGCAGCUCUUGGCCACGCCCCCGGGCCCGGGGGAGUUAGGGGGCGGGCAGCCGGGCCCCCCUCCUCCAAGGACUCCCCGUCCCCCUCCUGCCCCUCCCCCCGCGCGCUCGCGGACCUCGCUGGAGCCGGUGCCUUACACAGCGAAGCGCGGGGAGGGGCAGGGCCCCCCCGACACUGCAGCACUGAGACACGAGCCCCCUCCCCCCGCCCGGGACCGGGGCAGGGGCGAGGGGCCCAUUUCUUGUAUCUGGCUGGACUAGAUCCUAUUCUGUCCCGCGGCGGCCUCCAAAGCCCCCACCCCCACCCCAUUCACCUCCCUGGUCCCGUCGGGUCUGGCUUGGGGUCCCCCUUUGUUCCCUUCCUCUCUGUCCCGCCCUAUGUCGUCUUUGUCUUAUGUCUCUGUCCUUCCCUAUUUGUCUCUCUCUGUCCCGCCGUCUCUUCUCCCUCCCAUAUCUUGUCCAGUCUCCCUCUCUCUCCUGAUUACCUCUUC